AUGGAUUAUUGGAAGGCAUAUCGAACGCUAAGGCAUGCUCGCGAGUUGGUCAGGGGUAGUCCAGAGAGUGGUUAUGAGCAGCUGCCUACAUAUUUGUAUAUGAUAAAAAGGGCAAAUCCUGGAACAUUUACACAGCUUGAAGUUGAUGACGCUCAAAGAUUUAAGUACUGUUUUCUAGCAUUUGGUGCAAACAUACAGGGAUUUCCAUUCUUGAGGAAAGUGGUUGUUGUGGAUGGUACUUUUUUACAAGGAAAAUACUUAGGGACACUUCUGACAGCAACAGCUCAAGAUGCUAAUUUUCAGAUUUUUCCAAUUGCUUUCGCCGUGGUUGAUAUAGAGAAUGAUGAAUCAUGGGAAUGGUUUUUCAAGCAACUCAGCUGUGUGAUACCAGAUGAUGAAAGCCUUUCCAUUAUUUCUGAUAGGCAUCAAUCCAUUGGGAAAGCUAUUAAAAAGGUCUAUCCGAAGUCUAGUAGGGGAAUAUGUACAUACCAUAUGUACAAAAAUAUUUUGGUCCGGUUUAAAGGUCGAGCAGAAUUUGCUUUGGUUAAAAAGGCGGUGAAUGCUUGUAGACUUAUCGACUUUCAAACCACAUUUGAUCAGAUAGAAGCCAUGAAUCCAACACUACAUGAGUACCUCGUAAGGGCUGAUGUGCGUAUGUGGACUCGUGUACAUUUCCCAGGUGAUAGGUACAACUUUCUUACAAGCAACAUUGCAGAAUCAAUGAAUAAUGUCAUGUCACAUGCUAGGAGUUAUCCUAUUGUACAACUAUUGGAAGAAAUAAGGUCCAUGAUGACUAGGUGGUUUUCAGAUAGGAGGAGUGAUGCAUUGAAGAUGACCACAGUUUUGUCACGUGGUGUAGAGAAAAUUCUCCAGGGUCGUGUGGAUUAUGCUAAGUUACUUACUGUCCAAGAUAUCGACGAACACCAAGUACAAGUAACAAGUGGAACAUCUCUGCAUGUUGUCAAUUUGAGAGAUAAAAAGUGUACGUGUCGCAGGUUUGACUUUGAGAAGCUCCCUUGUGCACACGAAAUUGCGGCCGGUGAAUACAGAAACAUCUCUCGCAUAUCAAUGAGUCAUCCUUAUUAUCGAAAAAAUUAUGUGUACACUUCCUACGCGAAUGCCAUCAUGCCAAGGGAGUUUGAUAAAUCUGUUCCAGGACAUGUUAUAACGAAGGUAUGUUCAGCACCGAUCCCUAAACAACAACCAGAUAGGCCAAAAAAUUCAAGAAUUAAAUUCGCAUUGGAGAUUGCAAUGGAAAAGAAGAAACCAAGAAAACUAUACACAUGCGGUAAUUGCAACCAAGUAAGACACAACCGUAAGACAUGUACUCUAUAA